UCUCAUUUGGGAUGCAUCAAAAAAAUCUUUGUUGUUCUGUUUUAAUCCACGUUUAUUUACAGAGAGGCGCACGGACAACCCAAACCCUGAGGAAAAAGGAUUAAUCCGCUUCCGAUUGAACCUGUGAUCCGAUUAUUGUGUCGUCGUGCAUCCUAUAUUGUGGGAAUGGGAAAUGAUGGAGGAUAAAGGGCCCCGUGUCGCCGACUACUUUGUGAUUGCCGGCCUGACUGACUUGUCCAAGCCUCUGGAAGAGGACCUUCACUUGGAUGAUGCCGGUCCCAAAUGUGUCAAACCCAAAGCGCCCAUCACUGAUGUAGCGGUGGUGAUCCGCUCUCUGGGUGAAGAGGUGCCGCCAGGCUUCACCUGCGUGGAAAGCACCCCGUCGGGUCUUUCUGCAGAACUGAAUGGAGCCACGCUGAGGGGCCCACAGAUCUUCCUGUGCUUCAAGCGAGGCAGAGAUAAACCUCCACUGACAGAUCUCGGGGUUCUUUACGAGUGGAAAGAAAAGCUGAAGCCGGGAUGUCACAUCGUCCAGACCACGCCAUCUGGUCGCCCCGCCAACAUUAGCAGCUCAUCCUCCCAACGCAUCUAUAUCACCUACCGCCGCGCCCCAAAGAACCAGCCUCACACGUCGCUGGCUGUCACUGAUGUCUGCGUUAUCAUUCCCGCAAAGGGGGAGGCGCCACCUCAUACCUUCUGCAAGGUGGACAAGAACCUGAACAGCAGCAUGUGGGGAUCCUCUGUCUACUUAUGUUAUAAGAAGUCUCUGGCUAAAGCAAACACGAUCGCAUACAAAGCAGGUCUGCAGUGCAGGUAUCCUGAAGAGGACUAUGAGUCCUUCCCGCUGCCUGAGUCAGUGCCUAUGUUCUGUCUGCCCAUGGGGGCAACCAUCGAGUGCUGGCCAGCACACACCAAACACUCCCUGCCCAUUUUUUCCACCUUUGUAUUGACAGGGGCCUCUGGAGAAAAGGUUUAUGGAGCAGCCAUCCAGUUCUAUGAACCGUACUCAGUGGAGAGCCUGGGUGAGUGGCAGCGCUUGCAGCUGGGCCUCCCGAGCUCUGAUCUCAGAUCAGACGAAACCAGGAGUGUUUACAGCAACAAGAGCAUCUGCCUGCUCUCACACUGGCCCUUCUUUCAGUCCUUCAGGAACUUUCUCACCUUCCUCUACAGAUAUUCCAUCUCUGGACCACAUGCCCUGCCUAUUGAAAAACAUAUAUCUCACUUUAUGCAAAAUGUGCCAUUCCCCUCCACUCAGAGACCACGUAUUCUCGUGCAGCUCUCACCGCAUGACAGCUUGAUUCUGAGCCAACCUAUGUCUUCUCCUCUGCCUCUCAGUGGUGGAUGUCUUUCGACAUUACUGCUGAAUCUAGGCCCCAAGAAUGCAACCACCUUGUUGGUACUGGCAGUCACUGAGCAUAAGAUCCUGGUUCACUCCCUGCGUCCGGCUGUGCUCACCAGUGUGACGGAGGCGCUUGUGUCUAUGAUCUUCCCCUUCCACUGGCCAUGUCCGUACAUCCCGCUGUGCCCGCUGGCUCUGGCUGAUGUGCUCUGUGCUCCCUGCCCUUUCAUUGUGGGUGUAGACUCCAGAUAUUUUGACCUUUAUGUGCCACCUCCUGACAUCAGCUGUGUGGAUCUGGACACCAACACCAUCUCCCAAAAAGAUGACAAGAAGGCUUUAACGUGGAAAAUCUUACCCAGGAGAGCCUGCAAACAUCUUCUGAACACUCUGAAUAAGCUCUAUCAGCAGCUCACUGAGGGUGCUCAACUGAACCGUGAGGAUGUUGAGAUGGAGCACACAGUGACUGACAGCGACCUCUACGGUGGGAAGAGCCUUCACAUGUUGGAGCUGGAGAUCCAAGAAGCCUUCCUGCGCUUCAUGGCAGCCAUCCUGCGUGGCUACCGCUUGUACCUGCUGCCAAUCACACAAGCCCCCUCUGAAAAGACCACAGAUGCCAACUCCCUCUUUGAUCUCCAAGGCUUCCUGAAGAGCAGAGACCGCUCACAUCAGAGAUUUUACUCCCUCAUGACCAAAACUCAAAUGUUCAGCCGUUUCAUUGAGGAGUGCUCGUUUGUCAGCGACAAAGAUGCCAGCCUGGCUUUCUUUGACGACUGUGUCGAUAAGCUUUUCACCUCUGGGGGAAAGAUGGACAGUGAACGGCCCGAGGACGCCAGACUGAUUGAACUGGACGAGUCUCAUCAAAGUGAGCACACGGUCUACAUUAACCCUCCAGAGCUGCCUCCACUGCCCCAAGGGCAGGAGCAUCCGCUGUGCUACAGCUACUCUGGUUUCCCCGUGCUGAAUGUCGAGCUUCUGGAGCCAGUGGAAGGAACCAGUCCUCCAUCAGUAGGCGUGGCCUCACGCCACAGUAGCCCAGCCAGCCCUACAGCCAUCUUUAGACGCUCAAAACAGGAGAUCAAAUGGGCUCAGAGGAUGGCCAAAACCUACUCCUCCAUGCCUCAGAUGUGGUCAAAGUGUCUGCUGCGUCACUGCUACGGCCUGUGGUUCCUCUGCCUGUCAGCCUUCAUAGGCACCUGCCACUCUAAGGUUCGAGCUCUGCGCAUGGCUUACGAAGUGCUGCGGAAGAUGCAAGACAAGAAACUGCAGGCUCCCGAUGAGGUGUGUUAUCGGGUGCUGCUGCAGCUGUGCGGUCAGUACAGUGAGCCGGUUCUGGCUGUCAGGGUGCUGUUUGAGAUGAAGAAGGCUGGGGUUCAACCCAAUGCCAUCACCUACGGGUGCUACAAUAAGGCCAUGCUGGAGAGCACUUGGCCUUCCACCACCAGAGGGGGUUACUUUUUGUGGGGCAAGCUGAGGAACGUGUUGCUUGGUGUGGCCCGGUUCAAGCAGGCAGGAAGAAAACAUCAGGCUCCGCUCAGAUACCCUCAGCUUUCAGAUGGCAGCGAUCUUGACACAGGGACCGGACGUUUGGACAGUGCCAAUGACUCCGCAGAAAAGCGCACCUCCAUCGAACACCAGACUUCACUAAGAUGUGAUUCCAGCGAUGACGGCUACGAGUCAACUUGCUUUUUGUUUUCAGGUGGACAGUCGGACCAAGGCUACGAUUCACUGUCCAAAGAAGAUGAGAGGAUGUGCGGCAGAGAAAACGACAUCACAGCGCUGGCUGAAGACAAAGGACAGAGACAAAUCAGUAUCUGCAGCCGAUUAACUUGCAGUCCGUCUGGUGACACCAUUCUGCGUGGAGUUGCGCCAAAGAUGGAGCGGCCAAAGUCUCUGGACCUGUCUGGAGAACAGAGAAGUCUGCGGCUCACAGUACCGAACCUCAGCGCUGUCAAACAACAACACCUGUCUGCUGACAGAUUGCAUGAGGUCAAAGAGGAAGAGAUUAAAGUGGAAAAGUGCAAAGACAAAGUGGCGGUGGAGCGGAGCGUGAGCUGCAGCACUGUGACCGUGAGGAGGACGGGUAUCGAGAUAGGGUUUGAUCCCCUGACGCUCAUGGCAAAGCAAAAGGAAGACGAGUGCGAUAACAGGAGCGUGACAGACGCACACUGCAACCUCACAGGCGAGAUUGAGACAUACAUCAGCAACAUCGACAGUCCUAGCUGUGCUCCCAGUGUGGACCUGCACAACUCCUUGUGUCACUCAACCUUUUCUCCUCGGCCAGCCACCCUGCUCCGCUCCAACACACACCUCCCACUCACGGUCAAACCGAAGGAGCGGCUAAAGCCUUCCCCGUCUCUUCCGCUGGGUGUGUGUUACAAAGACAGAGAGAGACCUGCCUCCUUGGUGCUGCCCUCCUCACCUUCUCCCUCCACCUCCUCAUUCUCCAUGGACUCUCUCUUCACACCAACUCUGGACAUCUUCAGGAGCAGCGUCAUAUCAGCAGGAAAAGGCGUGGCUGAGAAGGCCAGCCGACUGUAUUCCCGCCUGUCCUCCCAGACUUCAUUAACACAGGAUGCAAACUGUGAUCGGAUUAGUGUGUCUUCACUGACCUCGGGUGAGGCAGACUGCAGCUCUCUGUUUGAUAACGACUCCUGUCUGGACCCAGAUGCCUUCACCUCCCCGCAGCACGGCAGCAUGUCCCGACUCUGGAGGAGCCCGGUUGGAAGUCACGCCACCCUGAGCAGCCCUGCCACCCCGAACAGAGUGUUCAGGCACAACUCCUUCUCUGGUGGUCUGGCUCUUCUAUCUAAGGCUGCGCACACUCCAGAUUCCUCCCCCGAUGCCAGCCGCUUCCAACCUGCUCAUACUUACACCAUAGAGGUGUUGAUGUCCAGCUGCUCACUUUGUAAGACAUGCGACUGUCUGGUAUAUGACGAGGAGAUCAUGGCUGGCUGGACAGCAAAUGACUCCAACCUCAACAGCACUUGUCCCUUCUGUGGCACAGCCUUCCUGCCAUUCCUCAGUGUGGAAAUCAAAGAUCUGAGACCUCUGAUCAGGUCUUCAGAGGAGAUUAAUCCUGUUACAGAGGAGGACACACCUGUAUCAUUCAAUCCCGAGGCCCGACUGUCUGCAGGUGACUCUGCAACUCAGUCGUCUGCAGCUACCACACAAAAUCAAGAUUAUAACAGAUGUGCAGGGUCACCCGGGAUGUCACCCCCUGCUGUCUCCUCUUCGGUGACAGUACCGUACCUCAGCCCUCUGGUGCUUGCGAAGGAGCUGGAGAGCCUGCUGGUGAACGAGGGCGACCAGGCCCUCUCUUCCCCCACUGUUGUUGAUCACCACCCCAUCGUCUUCUGGGAACCUCGUGUGUAUUUCAAAAGGCUGGAGCUUCCAAGUAACCUACCAGCUCUUAUCUUGGGCUCCCAGCACUGUAACCAUGGGGACCAGAACAUUUCGCCUGAGGACAGUAAGCAGGUGCUUGUGAGGAUUAUGUGGGACAUGAAGUUACAUCAAGACAAAGUUCAGCCCGGCUACGUCUUGUGGAACACACAUUGUGCCACCUCCCUGGUGCGCUCUGGGGUUUGUGAGGAAGGCCAGCUGUUCACUGUGGAGCUGUUGCAGGGUUUUGUGAGGAGCAUUAAGAAGAGUGACAUCUAUCAGCCUAUGAGCCAGAUCAUCCAGCUCCUGGGGCCCGAGCUUGGUUUCAAGAGACAAAGGAGCCUGUACAGAGACUUACUGUUCCUUGCUCUGGUGUCGUUGGGAAAGAACAACAUUAAUAUCAAUGCAUUUGAUCGGGAGUACAAAAUGGCGUAUGAUCGUCUCACCCCCAGCCAGGUUAAACUGACACAUAACUGUGACCGGCCCCCUGGAGCAGGGGUCAUGGAGUGCAGGAAGAUUUUUGGGGAGCCAAGUCUGUGAACUGUUGCUUCAGUCACUGCUGCUGUUUUCGAUUUGCUCUUCAGACUCAGGACCAGCUCACCUGAUUGGAGCAUGAAGCUCUUAAGCACAACGAGAAAA